CUCUUGUCUGCGCCUUUGAUCUACAUGUGCACAAUCAUCCACAAAUGGCUGGACGUCUGAAAAGGGCAAAUUUCUGAGAUGCGGCAAUCUCAUCCCCAACCCGGCCCCUGGGAAGACUCGGUCACUUUCCGGACCCAAUCAAGUCUUCCCAAAGACCGGGGAGGGCCUGGGCGCGACGCGAAUGAGGACGAGGGGGACGACCACGAAGAUCGGGAGAAAUCUCAACAUCGGCGACAAGACACACGUACAUCCAGGACAGCUGGUUCCCAACCUGGUGUAACGCCGCGAAAGCCUCACAUCAAGCGGGGGAAGGAUCGAAAAUCUGGGACUGUGCCCUUGAAGAAGGCUAAUUCCAGGAAAGAGGAACGCGACGAGACUUUGGUCGUGGUGAAGUAUUCUCAAAGUCCAUCGCUGUUGUUGGAGCCUGAUGCCGACGAGCCCUACCCCCUUCUCCCAUCAACACUUCCGAAUGGGCUGGUCAAACGACACUUGCAUAACCUCCCCGAUGUGCUGGCGAAGCUGGUAUCCAAGGCCGCCUUGACCGGGAACUAUGGAAGAUCCUUCGCCAGCAAUGUUAUGGCGUCGCUCUCGCAGCACCCGGCACAGCUUCACGCCAUGAUCUUCGCGGUCAUGGUGCACGACCGCAUCCAACAAGGCAUCAGCAACCCCACGGCCACGGAGUUGGUGGUCGGCACAGAAGCCAUCCGCCACUUGAAUCAGGAAAUCAGCAACCCGAACCCGGACCGAGCGUUGUCGGAUUCCAACAUCUGGGCUGUCCUGGUGCUCGCGUAUUCCGGCCGCGAAGAUCGAAUAAGGUCGGGGCAGAGCUACCCGCGCCAGUCCUUCUUGAGAGAGCUACAGUCGAUUCAUAUCUACCUAAAAAUGGAGAUUGUCAUUGAGCAUGUCCUUGGCCUGAUCAAAAUGAUGGAGCUCCUUGGGGAUUUACAGAAGAUCAAGACACCCGGGAUCGCCCCGGUGGUCUCUUGGUGCGGUAUCAUGGGCGCGUGCCGGAACAUCGGAAGACCCAUCUUUCCCUUUAUAUCCCACACAGCCACGUUCGUCAGCGAAGACGGCCGUCUCUCGGUGACCAGCCACGAGCGUGAUGCCGUUGCUCCCGAUUUGGGCCAGCUGGGCACGGGCUUCUGGCAGGUCUGGAGCGCGAAUGCUUCCUCGACGAGCUACCUCGACGAUCUGUUGACCGUCAUCCGCGACAUCUGCGACUUUACAGUCGUGGUCGAGAACCACGCGAGCGGGAGGUGGAUGCCGCGAACGUCCCCCGAGAUCAUCGACCAGAGGAACUUCGUGCAGCACAAGUUGAUGUCCCUGCUGUCGGCGGAGGAGCUGGUCGCCACCUCGGACGCCGCCGCCGCCGUCGAUGAUGAUGCGCAGUACGAGACAUGCCGGCUAGCGUGCAUCCUUUAUUCUUUCCUCGUCGUCUUCCCCGUCCCGCCCGUGGUGGGGCCCUUUGAGAUCCUGAUCGAGCGCGUCAAGCGCGCCCUGCAGGCGGUCGAGUGGAAGAUCUUUGAGCCUCCGAGGCUGAGGCUGCAUUUGUGGAUCCUGGUCAUGGGCGCCAUCGGGUCGAUAGGGCUGCCCGACCGGCCCUGGUUUCUGCUCCGGAUCAUGGAAGUGUUGGACGAGUUCGACAUGACCGAGUGGAAGGACCUGAAGGGUUUGUUACGGUCGUUUUUAUGGCAUCCUCGUACAAGCGAUCCCGACGGCCUCGAUGUUUGGAAGGCGGUCCAGCAGGGAGUUGAUGUUCUAGAUGAGAUAUGAUAUGAUAAGAGCGAGAUGGCCACGCCUAGAUAAUACAAAGUUCCACCUGGAUCGUGGGUUUAGGAUGGCGG